CUAGGUCCUGUGUUCGGAUGGUCCUUUUAGAAUUUUAGCUAUUAAUUUUCCGGAGUUUUGUUUUUGUAUGUAAAAAGUCUUGCAAAACGUUGCGGCUUCAAUUCUCUAAACAGAAAUGAGCAAAUGAUCCCUUGACUUCUCGUUUGUUUCCGCUUGAUGUUUGUUUCCUGGCUCUGGUCGAGGGUUCAAUGCUUGCUGGUGUAAGAAUUUGCUGCCUUUUUGAGCACUUAAAUUUUGUGUGGUUAGGUCGCGGCUUCGAAUUUUAAUAACAUGAAAAAAAUGGAGCAUCCACGACGCUCACAAAGGACGUUGCUGCUGAUACGCUUCUUCUUAGGCCGCCUGCUGUUCUUUCUCUUCCUCCCGUGAAGUUAAGUUUAGCCACACAGCCUGGCUAUGGCGUAAAUGUCACCCGGAUUUUCCUCCUAGCUAACCAUUUCUGGGUUCGCUUUCAGAACAACGAGCUCUAUCAGUACGAUCCUCCUAAGGGUUGCAGUUACAGCGUCAUAAUGGAAACAUUCAAACAGCAGGCGAUACUUUGAAAAAUGCCAUACCUGCAUAUGACGGACACAAGAGUCUCUACACGGCCAAGCCCUUAGGCAAUCUUGUUGAGCUUGAAGUCCUCUUAUCGCACGGCCGGGGGGAGAUUUAAGAAGGAGGGGUGUUAAAUAUCCUGUUGUAUUUAGAUAUCUAGUGCAGUGUCUUGCACGGGAACCUGUACCACUUCUACAGGAAGCAUUCCAAGUUAUGGAUGUGGUUCUUCGACAAGCUGCAUUCAAAUUUUAAGCAUUUUUUAAAGCUUGCAAGCCUCAUUUUGUUUGUAACGUGACUAAUUUUCAAGUGUAUUGUAAAACUUUACAUGUUGCUUAUAUUUUUUUUGUGAUUUGCCAUGUUUAUUAAAAAGGGUAGGUCAUUUUAUGGGGAGCAUUUUGGGGUAGAGAAGCUUCAAGGAUGUUUGGUAGCCUAUCGGGGUUUUUAUCAAUCUAUUUGGCCUGCACAGCAAAAUAUCUCAACUCUGAAUCUAUACAUUGCUGCAAUUCUCUUCUACGAGCCUAUGGACUUGCCUCACUUCAUUGGCAAUGCCUUAAGAAUGGAUCCUUGAGAUGUAUGAACUUGCCUUACUUCAUUGGCAAUGCCUUAAGAAUGGAUCCUCGAGAUGUAAAUGCUAUAUUGUCUAGAAAUGACUCUAAUGGUGAUUCAAUGCGAUCAAGAUUGAAAAGGUUACUGAAUGGUCUGCAUGUAGAAACUACUCACAUCAAAUAUGGUUAUCGCAAUAAGAGCAUGACUGAUGUGCCUGUGGAUGCUUUAGUAUUUGAUAGCAAUGGAGAGCAAUUGAUUGUUACAGAUUAUUUCCAAAAGCAAUACAAUAUACGCCUUGGCUUCAGAGAAUUUCCAGCAAUUGAAGCUGGUAGCAAGGAUAAUUUCCAGCGAUUGAAGCUGGUAGCAAGGAUAAUAAUAAGUACAUUCCCAUUGAGCUUUGUUGUAUUCAGAAGGAUCAACCUUAUAUGAAAAAUUUGAAUGACCAACAACGUUCAGGUCUAUUGAAUCUAUCUUGCUUGCCUCCACAUGAAAGAAGAGACAAAACUAAGAAGGAGAAGACUUGAGAGGUGCAUCAAGAAGAGAUGCUGCAGAGUUUGGAAUUGAAAUCAACAACAUAAUGACAGAAGUUCUAGGAUGGGUGUUACCCCAGCCAACGGUAAAUGCUGUAGGGAAAUUUUUUAAAUAGUGUAAUAUUGUAUAAUUAUCAAAUAUUUUAUUUCAUAUGGUAGAACAUAAAAUGUUUUCUUUUACUUUCAGAGACUGUGUAAAUCACAAGAGGAAAAUUCAAGUACUCUUUAAUCUAUGAAAUGUCUUAGUCUCAAACAUUUUCGACU